GUGCCGGCCGGGCGAGUUGAGAGGAGGUGCCAAGAUGGCGGCGCUGUGGGGCGGCGGCGCGGGAUACGCCGGGGCCGGGGGCACUCUCCCGCUGCGAGGCGGCUCCGAGGCCGGAGGGAGCGGCGCAGGAGGAGGCGGCCUCCCUUCCGCGCAGUACUUACUGGCAGAGGAUUUACACUUGGCAUCUUUGGAGGCAGAAACCAUUCUUGAAGCAGGAGAGUUUCUGGAAACAAUGCAGGACUACUUGGACUCUUCUGUUAUCUCUAUCGUCGAAGAUAUCAGUAGUAUGAAUGAGGGCCACAUGGAUGCUGAGAAUGAACUUUCCCUGUUGACUGCAAUCACUGAGAUACUGGACAGCACAGAUGAUGAGUCACUUUCUCCUUUUGACACUAUUCCUGACGCUGAAUUACUCACAUCUACCAGGGAGCGUGAAAAUUCUUCGUUUCAGAGGUUUCUGAGCUUGUCUAUAACACCUCCAAAAAGAGACUUAAACACCAAAGAGGAUUUCCAAGAACCUAGGCUUGGUAGCAUGACAGAAAAGGUUGAAGCCAGCACUGCUAGCCUACCCUUGGCAAUAACUCCAUCUUAUCCAAAGGAUUUGCCAGCUUCCAAGAAACCUAUUAGUAAAGCACUUUGGGGGGAACGGAGGAUGUUCAGGCAUAGGGAGCGAGAACCACCUCGGCUGCAACGUAGUGAUGGGGAAGAGGAGGAGGACGAGUCUGCAGCAACUAGCUGCCACCAAGGUUUUGUAGCAGAUGUGAAGGAGACUCCCAUAGCAAAGGAAGUUGAAAGAGACCUUGGUGAAAGUGAUGGCCCUUAUGUCAUUGCCCCAGAGAGUAUCUCCCUCAGUGAGCUGGUGAGGUCAAUGCAUCCUUACUGUCUGCCCAAUAUUACUGUAUGCUUGAGCCCUGAUAGCCAGCCUCUUGCUGAAGAAUUCCUUGCUGGCCCAGUUGUCUUGGAAAUAGUACCUGAAGAUGGAGAGAGCAUGGAAAUACCAGUAGUCCUGCAAAAUUUUGAGACAUUGGAGCUCGGACAAAAAACCAGUAGUGACAGCACUGCUGACAUUAUGAUCCCUGACCUGGAAAACAUAUUACCCAAAGGCAACACCAAAACUAAAGGCCUGGGCAGAGAGCUUGACUUGGGCAAACAGCCAGAGGAAGCAAGCAGGCCUGCCAUGCAAAAAGGAGAAGAUACUAAUACAGAAGAAGAGGAGAAUGUUCAGAAAUCAUCAGAUGACCAGAAGAGCGUGUCUGCAUCUAAACGUGUAAAGCUCUGCAGCUCAGAGAAGGGUCAGAUAUGUGGGCAUUCCAAGAAGAGGAAAAAAUAUAGUGAGGAAACAAGGUGGUGCAAAGAAGCUGUAAAUUGCAAGGAGAUUUCUGUAUCGUCUGAAGAGCAGGACAGGACUGAUCCAAGCAACUCUGUAUGCAAUAUUGAGUUUUUAGAAAAAGAGCUGGAGAGAGCUGGAGAGCAAGGCCUGGGUGAGUUGCUCCCAAACCAAGCAUCCAAGGCACUUGAAAGCCUGGAUAUUCAAGUGGAGGACCUGCUAAACAGCAAGACAGGCAAAGAUCCCCCAAGUUCACUUGAGUCCAGUUUGGAAAAUACAGAAGCCUCACCACACAUAGAAGAGGAGCUGUCUGGUAGAGACCAAGAGAAUGCAAAUUUAGUGCCUACAUAUCAAGGGGAAGUACAAAGUGAACCUGGAGAAGGAAAUCCACUCAUCUUGCAAGUGAAUGAGAUGGAAAGCCCAAAUGCUUCCCAGUUGCCACCCAGCAGCACUGUAGACCUUGUGAGGCAGUCUCUUAGGAAUCCCUUAUGCCCCAGAAAUGAUGAAGCUAAGGAAGCAUCAACAAAAGAAGCUAGGCCUAAGCCUCUUAGCUUGAGUGAAUAUAGGCAGCGCCGACAGCAGCGCCAAUCUAAUGAUAGGGCAACCAAGAGCAUGAUGGAGAACCAGAGUGCCAGCAAAUGGCCCACCCUCCCUGAACUUCCAACAGAGUUGGCUGAUCUUCCUUGUCUAAUUGUCCCUCCACCACCCACCAAAGUGGCUAAGCCUGAACUAGUGAAGGAGUGUGAAAAGCCCACUAGUUCAUCCACAACUCUCCCUCCAGUUAGUAAAGACAGUGCCAAUUCCCUUUCUUUGCCACUCUCUGUGGCAACAACUACAAUGAAUCCUCCUUCCCAGCUUGGCUGUUUGACCACUGCUGCCUCUGUCUCACCCCUCCACAUUGUAUCCUCACUGCCCAGUCAAGCAGGUGCCUUUCCCACUGUGGGAGUGCAGGUGCCUCCAAUACCACCCCCAACUUUCCUCCCUACAGCCCCUGGGGCUUUCUUUCCAGUCCCUCCUGAUCCCUUCACCUUGGGCUCGCAACCACCACCACUACCAGUGCCUUCUUGGUCUCACUUUCCCCCUCUGCCAGCUGGUUACCAAAGUUUCCCACCUCCACCUCUUGUUGCUGAGGCUUGCCCUCCUGUCUUUCAUACUCUUCCUCCUGUUUUGUCACCAAACUGGCCUCCCCCACCUGUUUCUUUGCCGCCUUUUCCCCCAGGCCCGCCUUAUAGCUCUGUAGAGUGGGGUGUGGGACCACAGCCUCCCUACUGGACUGGUAUCCCAAUGCCACCACCAGUAUUGCCCAUCUCCUAUGGGGAUCAAGGAGCUCCUAUGCAGAACCGCCCAAUUGCCACUCUGCCUGCUCCAUCUCCUACUGAAGGGACACUUGCCCAGCAUAGUACACUUUUGACACAAGAAUCCUCUCCCUUCAGAGGGCAGAACUUGGCAGUGAGUGAAAAACCCAGCCUGCCCACCCAGGGGCUUGGAGUGCAAAUUCCUGCUGCACUCAAGUCUGUUCCCAGAAGAGUAUUUGAUCCAAGGAAACAAGCACAAUCCUUGGCUGUUGAUCCCAAAGCAAUGGAGACUUCAAGCAGUUUUCAGCCAUUGGGGAAGCUGCCUUCUCCCCUCUCAGUUGUGGAACCUUUAGGGCAUGUUAAAAAUAUCUCUAGCUCUCAGGCCUUGGGAAAAGUUCAUUCUAUGCCAUCUUCCCAGCAAGUCACAGAACUCACUGGUACAGUGAAGUCAUCUGAAGAGCCGUCAUUUGCGCCCAGUCUCCAACAGAAUGUCAAAGAAGCUUUGCCUGCUUCCCAACUAGAAGAAGAUCAAGAAAAACAAACAACGCCAACUGAAGCAACUGUCAAGGAAUCUGCUCCCACAAAUCCCCCUGCAUCAGCAGUGCCCCAGAAGAUGGAUGAGUUUGGUCAGCUUUUGAAGAAACCAGCCCAUACAUGGAACCACCAGCCUUUUGUCAGCAUAGCACAGUGCAGCCGCAAUAAGGAUAUUGUUAAAGCAUUUAUUAAUGAAAUUGGAAUUGAAGCCUCUGACCUGUCCAGUCUGCUAGAACAAUUUGAAAAGAGAGAAAAUGAAGACUUAAAUGAAAACAAGUCAUUGGAUAAAAAGGAAGCGUCUAGUGUGACAAAGGCCAGAGAAAGUUUGGCUGCAGGGAAUGAUGGGUCUGAGUUACAGCGGGAAAAGAAAAUGGUAGACCGGCUUCAAGCACCAGAACUCACCAAUGUUGCAGGCCUGACUCCUCCAGCCACCCCACCCCACCAGUUAUGGAAACCUUUGGCAGCUGUUUCACUUUUGGGAAAACCUGGAUCUCAGAAAGGUGCGAGGCUUUUGAAAUCUCUGAGCAAACCUCACAGAAAAUCUCUAAUCCCAGUUCAUGUAGGCUCUGGUGAGCAUGACUACUGUCAGCUCAGUACUGCCCACUCAAAGGGAGGUGCCCGAUGGAAUGUCAAACACAACUUGGAUAUCACUAUAAAGCCUAUCAGAACCAUUCCAAAACAAGCAUCGGAUUCAUCUGCUGCCGAUAAGGUUCAUGCUUCUGCUGGACUGAACCCUGCAGGCACCUGCAGCAUAGCUACUGGCUACCAGAAUCCCAAAGAAGCUCCCAGCCCUGUUGAUGUUGGUCAGGACCAGAUCAGAGGGUCUACUCCUGGGGAAGCUAGCUCAGGUCCAGUGGUAUCAGAGUCACUACAGUUAAACAGUGCCCACCUAAGCCUGCACAAAGUGCCAUUGGACCACCGGACUAGUACACUAACAUCUAAGACUAGAGACAGUGAUAAGUCAUGUUCUGUAUUGCUAUCGCCAGCUGCAUCUCCAUGCUGGGAUGCAGAAGAGCCAACGUUACAGAAGCCUCAGGAAGUUCAACAGAAGCACUUGGCUUCUAAACGCUCUUUACGAUGUUACCGGGGAAGGCAAAAGUCAGUUAGUCCCCAAAAGGACAGUCGCAAAGGCCAACGAAAUCGUGCCAGUCAGUCUUUCAGCUCCAGCUCUGAUGGAGAAAGUGAGUCUUCCUCAUCUUCCUCCUCCUCCUCCUCUUCUUCCUCAUCAUGGUCUCGGUCUCUGCCAUCCAAGCGCUGGCGAAGACGUCGCUCACGAAGUUCCAGCUCCUCUUCUCGUUCCCCUUCUCUGGACAGGAGAAGGAGCUACAGAAGAAGAUAUGCUUCCAGCAGAUCCCGUGAGCGUUACGAAAGGGAGAAAAACAGAUACAAAGAGCGUGCAAUAGAAGAACGCCGUGUUGUCUUCAUUGGAAAAAUCCCUAGCAGGAUGACACGUUCAGAGCUGCGACACCGCUUCUCCAUUUUUGGAGACAUUGAGGAUUGCACACUGCACUUCCGGGAGCAGGGAGAUAACUAUGGCUUUGUGACAUACCGUUAUGCUGAAGAGGCCUUUGCUGCCAUAGAGGGUGGACAUGCACUGUGUCGUCCUGAUGAGCAGCCCUUUGACCUUUGCUUUGGUGGACGCCGGCAGUUCUGUAAAAGGAAUUAUGCUGACUUGGACUCUAACCAAGAUGACUUUCAGCCUAUCACUGGCAAGAACAAAUUUGAUUCCCUUGACUUUGACACCUUGUUGAAGCAGGCUCAGCGGAGUCUCCGGAGGUAACGCUGGCUCUUCCGGGCUCAUUUUGCCCGGUAGGUAUCUGCCUACACCAGCCUUUACCUCAGAUUGGCUGCAGGGGUAGGUGCCCCCCAGGCCUAGCUGCUAUGUCCAGCAUGGUUUUGUAAUGAAAUAUGACAAAAAUCCAAUAAACAAUUUCUAUCCUGUUUUUUCUAAGGACUAUUUAAGAGAAAAGACACUUUGUUUAACAGUGAGGACAAGAAUGGAAAAAUGCCACCUUCAGUUUGCUUAAUCACUAUGCAGACAAUAAACUCUAACCAUAAACCUA